UUCACCUCCCUGAGAAAGCCUGUGCUGACCUCCAAUCCCUGCAAGAUGUCCUGCUACGACCUGUACCCCUCCUCUGCCUGCGGCGUCCUCCGGCCCCAGCCCCUGGCUGACACCGGGAACGAGCCGUGUGUGCGCCAGUGCCCCGACUCCACCGCCGUGAUCCAGCCUCCCGCCGUGGUGGUCACCUUCCCCGGGCCCAUCCUCAGCUCCUUCCCGCAGGAUUCCGUGGUGGGAUCUGCUGGAGCGCCAUUCCUUGGAGCCUCUGGGGCCUCCCUGGGCUAUGGGGGCUACGGGUCCCUGGGCUAUGGGGGCUAUGGAUAUGGGGGCUAUGGGGGUUAUGGAUCCCUGGGAUAUGGGAGUUAUGGAUCUGGUGGAUAUGGGGGUCUCUGUGGAUACGGGGGCUACGGAUCCCUGGGCUAUGGGGGUCUGUGGGGCUAUGGGGGGUACCGGGGUCUGUAUGGCUCUGGCAGAGCCUUUGGCUCCGGGCGCUACAGCCGCAGCUUCUGGGGGUCCUGCUAAACCCUAGGGAAAACCCUCCGGAUGAUGCAGAAAGGCAAAGCAAAAUGCAGAUUUUUCCUCCCUUUAAAUAAUUUCCUGAUUACCUCUGUGGGUUUUAAUUCCUCGUUAUCUUCUUCUUUAUCACCCCCGUGGCUGAAUGCAGUGACGGACUGAGGUGUCUUUCAAGCUCUGCCUGCAUUUACAGCCCUGA